CUAGCCCGCGCCCUCGAUAUCUCCGAACCGCCGAGCCUCGGUCUCAUCGAAACCGAUUUCGGCCGUUGCUUAAAUCCUCCCUGUCGUUGCUCCCCUGGCUUUUAGAUCUCGGAGAACUUCGAAGGAGCUUGGCGUCGACAGCAACGAGGAGGGGAGGGCGUUCUCUCUAGUUCUAGAACAGAUCGGAGGAGAGAAACCCCGCUUGGGGCGGCGCGGCUUCGUUCGAGAGAUUCACAAUUUUGUAAUCAGAACCUUAUCUGAUAGAAAAUGGCGACAGUGGCAGCUGGGGGCCUGCAAAUGGCAGCCACAAGGCCUUGCAUCUCUUCUUCCAGUAGAAUGUUCAUGUCAGGUGCCACAAUUUUAGGGGUGGAUGUAAAAGGAAUGUGCCAGGCUAAAUUUGCAAGCUCUUCUCAUGUCUCCUCUGUUAAACCGCUUUGCCAAAGCUUCACGUCUGCUCCUCUGAAGUUCACUAGCAUUGUUACAAGGGCUAUGUCUGGUGAAACUGAGAAAGGGGUUGCUUUGGGAUUGCCUAUUGAUCUGAGAGGUAAAAGGGCAUUUAUUGCUGGUAUAGCUGAUGAUAAUGGCUAUGGCUGGGCAAUUGCUAAGGCUCUUGCUGCUGCUGGUGCUGAAAUUCUCGUUGGUACAUGGGUGCCUGCACUUAACAUUUUCGAGACUAGCUUAAGACGCGGCAAAUUCGAUGAGUCACGCCGGUUGCCCAAUGGGUCUCUUAUGGAGAUAAUCAAAGUAUACCCAUUGGAUGCAGUUUAUGAUACUCCUGAGGAUGUUCCUGAUGAUGUCAGAACUAAUAAACGUUAUUCUGGUACCUCAAGUUGGACUGUGAAGGAAGUAGCUGAAUCUGUCAAGAACGAUUUUGGAAGUAUAGACAUUCUUGUGCAUUCACUUGCAAAUGGACCAGAGGUUACCAAACCUCUCUUGGAGACAUCUAGAAAGGGAUAUCUUGCUGCUAUAUCUGCAUCAAGUUACUCUUUUGUAUCGCUACUUAAGCAUUUCCUUCCAAUAAUGAAUCCAGGUGGUGCUUCAAUCUCCUUGACAUACAUUGCUUCUGAAAGGACCAUUCCUGGGUAUGGUGGAGGCAUGAGUUCAGCAAAAGCAGCCCUAGAGAGUGAUACCAAAGUGUUAGCUUUUGAAGCAGGGAGGAAGGGCAAGAUUAGAGUGAAUACAAUAUCUGCAGGCCCCUUGGGAAGCCGUGCUGCAAAGGCCAUUGGAUUCAUCGAGAAGAUGAUAGAAUAUUCUUAUGCCAAUGCACCAUUGCAGAAAGAACUGUUAGCAGAUGAAGUUGGCAAUACGGCAGCAUUCCUUGUGUCUCCUUUAGCUUCAGCAAUAACUGGCUCCGUGGUUUAUGCUGACAAUGGGUUAAACACCAUGGGACUUGCCACUGACAGCCCAACGCUAGCAGUGUAGAUUUCAGGGACAUAUUUAUUAGGUUGUCAAAUGCCCGGCUUCGGUUUUAGUGUCCUGUUCAGAGGCUUUGUAUGCCAUGAAUAAAGAGUGAGUUAGGGUUUGAAUUUUAUCUGAGAUGACAAGCACCUACUUUCUUCAGAUGAACAGGAUUCCAAAAGCUCAAGUUUUGUCAGUAGCUUCAUAUGAGAGAGUAAAAUUUGGGAGGAAGUCAUGGCCGGUGUUCACUUACUUCUUUUGGCUGUGAUUUCAGGUUUGAGUGCUUCCAAACUCAGGCUAUACUUCACAUGAUUCAUCCUUCUGAUGUUCUUAGAAUCUUCAAGCUUCUUUAGUUUAAUA